AGAUAAUGUUGACGGGGAUAUAUAAAAAAAGAUGAAAAACUGGACAUGUUGAAAGUUGGUAAAAUGGAAAUACUCGGAGAGAGAGAAAUUAGCAGCUCUGAUCUAGAAGAGAUUGUAAACAAGGCCAAAGACUGGGCUCUUGCUCACGGAAUAUCUCUGAGACCAAGUCACCGUGAUGAAGAUCAAGAUAAAGUGACUUAUCUUCCCUUCACUUUGUUUCCAACCCAAGUUUCCCACCACCUUCUUCAACAUGCCAGGCUAUCCAUGAUCCAUUUUAACAGAUUGAUACACAGAGUUUCUAUGGAUCACCAGUUUCUCCAGGAAGCUUUUAAAAAUGUUAUUCAAGUUGAUGAUUUUACCAGGAACCUAUGGAAUAUUUAUUUGGCUGUUAAAGACGACCCACAAGCGCAGUCGAUUUAUCUGGGUUCGUUCAGGAAUGAUUUUAUGUUUCAAUUGGAAGAGGAAAAUAACCAGAGUUUGAAACAGGUGGAAUUUAAUACCAUUUCAGUCGCAAAGUGUGGACUGUCUUCAAAAGUACCUGGGCUAUAUAGGUAUAUUUUAAACUGUGCUGGUCUGCCUUAUAAAGGUGAACAGAUUCCAGAAAAAGACGUCGCGAAAGGACAGGUCGCUGCCUUUAUGAAGGCCUGGAAACUUUAUGACAACCCCAAGGCCAUUAUCGUAUUUGUGGUUCUUCAUAAUGAACGCUACGCCAUGGACCAACGCUUGAUGGAAUUUGAAAUUUAUAAACAGAAUCCUAACAUCCGAGUAGUGAGAAAAACGUUUAAUGAUUUAAUUCGGUAUGGGAAACUGACCAAAAACAGAAAAUAUCUUGUUGACACAGAGGAAGUGGCUGUAGUUUAUUACAGAGCUGGAUAUAAUCCUACAGAAUAUAGUACUGAUCAGAUGUAUAAAAUGUCCACCGAUUCAUUAUCAACUCGCAGGAACCAAGAAAAUACAACAACUAUUAUCAGAGCCACGAAUUUUAAACAGAGGCAAUAUAACUUAGAUUUAGCGAGAGACAGACAGACGUUAUUAGAAAAAGGUGACAGAGCUAUUAAAAUGGCGAUAAAAAACCCAGACCAGUUUGUGUUGAAACCACAGAGAGAGGGAGGAGGGAAUAAUUUGUAUGGAAACAGCAUGAAAGAAUUUCUAGAAAGUAUCCAGGACUCGGAGGAACGCUGUGCUUAUAUUUUAAUGGAUUUAAUCAAGCCAGUUAAAAGUUGGAAUUAUUUAGUAAAACCUAACAAUGUAUUAAAACCUGUAGAAUGUGUAGCGGAGCUGGGAGUAUACGGUUGUUUUAUAGGCCAGAAGAACGGAGAGAUCUAUAACACAGAAACUGGGUUUCUUAUGAAAAGUAAAGUAUUUGGUUGUGAUGAAGGAGGGAUUAGAGCAGGAUUUGGUGGAUUAGAUUAUCCUUUCCUAUUUGAUAUCUGA